GGAAAUUGUAAACGCCCAAGUUCAAAACUUCCAGAUGAUAUCAUCAUGCGAGGUCAGGUAGUUUUGGACGAAGUGUCUGGCGAUAUCUGGCCAGAUACUUUUAACUUGCAGGCCCUCAAGUCGGCAACAAAACUAUCAUGUUUGUUAGAGGUGAUUGGCACCGGGGGAAUCCAGCCUUCAGCCCUGAGCAGCAACUCCAAAUUCCUGGCCGUGGUGACCCAAGGGGAAGACGGCUCAAACAGGCUCUUCAUUAUUCAUCUUGAGGAGAAAAGGUUUUACCUACUGAAGAGGAUGGCAAAACCUUGUACUGCCUUGAUAUUUCAUCCAUAUAUGGAAAACAUGCUUUUUCUUGCUACUGCUGCAACUAAGAUUUAUAGAAUUAAUGCUGAUGACGGCAGUGUGGUGAUCAUGGAGGGACACACAUCACCUGUAAAGGGCAUUCACUCAGGUUCUCGGUCGCCACUUGUGCUGAGCUACAACACUGACGAGGUCUUCUUGUGGUCGUGGCCAUCCCUCACCCUUACCAACAAGCUGCGGCUGGAAGACAGGGUGGCUGUGGUCUGGGCCGGGCAUGUUUGGCAGCGGGAUGAGCUGGUUGUGUGUUUCAUUAACGGCAGCCUGCUUCUCUGGCCUAGCCAAGACCUCUCUACACAGAGAACCAUAGAACCUCCAAGUGGACUCGAUUUUGAUUUUACUGCCUUUGCACUCUCAAGUGGGGGGGAGUGGAUCGUUGGAGGGGGGAAGAGCCACCUUAUGGUCACCUACUCCCUGGUGGGCCGUCGGGUCUCGCAGGUCGUGCAGCUGCCCUCCUCAUGCAACAGCGUCUACCAGGCCAUCUUCCUGCCGCCCGUGCAUCCCAGGUUUAGUCAAGUGUUGGCCAUUUUAAACACAACAGGAGUGCUUAACAUCAUUGACUUCACAAGCAUGACAAAGCUCAAGACAGUUCGAUCUCAGAGGUUCAAUAUUGAUUCAGUCAGUGUGAGUGAAGACGGCAACUUCUUGGCAGUGUCAUAUGCCAACAGCAUCACGAAGAUGUACCCAGUCAGUGCCCUCUUUCCUGACGACCCUAAGAAUGCUGAACUCCGCAACAUUAAGAAGAGGGACAUUGAGUUCAAGAUCAUCGAAAAGAUGGAAGUGCCUGAGAGGAAGGAGGAAGAGGGAGAGAAAGAUAAGAAGAAACAGGAAAAACACAAGGAGUUAAAGGAACUACUAGACAGGAACAAAUGGUAUCCUAUCCUUGUGGAAUUCAAAUCAUACCCUGAAAAGUACCGAAGCCUAAUCUGGGUGUCCAUGCUAGAGUUACCACGCAACUACCUUGUGUUCAGCACGCUGCUCGACAAGGGAAUGCACUCAGCCUUCGAAGGGUUAAAGGAGGUGCUCAAGCUAUCAGACGGAUCGUUACUGAAGACUCUUCAGGGCACACUGUCCUGCUUGGCUCACUGGGCUCCUUUCCUGUCGAGCGUAGAGUAUUUGCCAGAGCUCAUCUUCCCCUUCGUCAAGUUCUUCCAUAGCAACCGGCUGCUGUGUUUUGAGGUUUCUGUGACAUUCAUCUUGAACUGGUGUCGCUUAUGGUUUGAAUUCUGGCCUAAACCAAGUGUCACAGUCUUGACUGUGAUUGAACGCUUGAUCUGCGAGAAAGACCCAGUCUUACUUGCACACUUAAUGAAACUUCAAGUCACAGCUGAAGAUUACGCCUGGUCAUUACUUACAAAUGCCUUCUCUCGGGUUCUUUCCAAUGAAGACUGGUUAGUACUUUGGGACCACAUCCUCUCCAACCCGCCUUCAUUCCUGCCCUGUGUCGCAGCUGCAUUUACAAUCAAAUCACGCCACACUCUAAUGACCUGUGAGGAUGCCCAGGAUGUGAAGACCUAUUACAGCCAAGAAGCCUGGAUUUCAGUUAAGCACAUCAUCGACAAAGCAUACUUCAUAUACCAGAACUGUAGUGCAGAGACCCUUCCCAAGGAACUCUUUGGAGAACUCAAGCCAAUGCCCAAAGGAGGCCUUCCCAUCUUCAACAUUGGGCCAAGGGAUGCGCGGGAAGAAGAGAGAGGUAAGGUAGAGAGGAAACUGCGCAAUUUAAGCCUGAGGACAGAGGCCCUGAAGCGUAAUCAGAGUAAAGGUACUGAGGAUACGUCACGUCUGGCUGAGAAGGAGGAAAUGGUAUAUACAAUUGGAAGGAAAGACCUCGAAAAGCAAGAGGAGGAGUGUCUCAACAGCAUUCUCAACUUGCGGAAAAGGCAUCUUGCAACGGCAGAACUCGAUGCAUCAUAGGCCUGUGUUGCAUUAGAUCAGUGAGAUUUGACCUGUGAUUUACAAUUUGGAGAAUUUUAUGGUCUUGUGUGUAUGUGUGAUUUACACAGGAUUAGUUUUGAAAUAAUGGGUAAUAACUUGUAUGUAUAUAAGCUCUAUGUACAUAUGUAUAAUAUUUUACAUCAAGGAUAUGGUUUAAUGUGCAAUUCAACAAUAUGCUGUGCAAGUUUCUACAUGAGUCAUAAAGAAAAAUGAGUCAUGUAUUUUGAUGUUAAUGUUUUGCCAUUGCAAUAGAUUUCAGUUUUUGUAUUUAGCUUCAGAAUAGAUUCCAGAAGUACUCAAAUGUUAAUCCAUUUAUAUUGCAAUAUUUUUUUCAGUUCCUGUGGAAUAUUUUGUUUUAAAUAAAAAGCUGCA